GAAGGCAGGAGAGCAGACUGUUUCCAAACAGUGCCGGAAAAUUGGUAAGGACGGAAGAUUUAGAAAGAGGAAACAUGGGUCAAGGACAGAAAGGUAAAGAUGGCGGGAAGAGGAGAGAAGAUAGCCCAGGACCGGACGACGGCCAUAAGUGCAGAGUGUGUCGUUUCCCUCUGCUGGUGGCCCUGCUUCAGCUGCUCCUGGGGGUGGCCGUCACUGUUGUGGCCUUCCUCACGUUGGCCAUCAGCCCCUCGCUGCUGGCCAGGGAGACGCCACACUGGGCUGGGAUCAUUCUGUGCUUGGUUUCCAUUGUGGGCUUCAUCCUGUACUGCGUCACUUAUCACCCAGAUGAGCGCUCGUCUGUGCAGUUCAUCGUCAAGCUGCUGUACUUCGCUCUGUGCGCCAUCGGCCUGGUCGUUUCUGUGCUGGUGGCGUCCUUCGCCGGCUAUCACCACGCUCAGACCAGCAGCUUCAGCUGUCUGCCAGCCGCCGAGGACUGCCUGUGCACUUUGGAGCCACACGACCCGAUCGCUCGCACCUUCACCUACGAAGGAGUGGGCGACUGCCAGGAGGUCACCGAGACGCUGACGCUGUACCACUUGCUGCAGAUUGUGCUGAACCUGGUUCAGGCGUUGGUCUGUGCUGUGGGCGCCUUCCUCAUGUGGAAGCACCGCUACCAGGUCUUCUUUGCCGGUCUGCAGAUCGCAAACUUCCGGCAGUGGCACAAGGUGUAACGUGGUGACGCGGUGGACACGCCCCCUUUUUUGCUAUCUACCUUGUGUGGUUGUUGUUGUAAUUACAAUAAUAUGAUAUUG